UGUGAACCUGUAUCAAAUACCAAUAAAUUAUUUUAAGUUGUAUUUUUUGUUUCAAAUUUUCACCAAGGUCCGAAAAUUAACAAUUCUACCUAUAGAGAUUUGUCGCAGUGAUAGUCAUGGCUAAAUUAUUUAGGUGAUAUUUAUUUAGCCAUGGUGGCAUGGUAUUAAUUAUCCUUAGUGGCGCCUUAAAUUUUAAAUUGUGACAUGCCAGUAAAGUUGAAAAAAUUCUGAUUACAGUUUGUGAAUCAACAAUAUUAUAUUGAUAUCAUAGACCUAUAGGUCUAGGCCCCAUGGUUAAUAUACUUACUUAAUAUAGUAAUGACAUUUAUAAUUUUAGAUAGAUCAUGACAAUUGAGUCACCUUUGAAUUUGACAACAACUUUUCAAAAAUGAAUGUGAGGUAUCAUUCUAUUGUAGACUCAAUUAAAAUUAUUUCCAAAAGAUAUUGCAGUCAUAGUGAACAAUACUAUGCCGAACAAAUAAAAAAUGCAACUGUUGUAUGUACAAACCACUUAACUCCAGAAAUAAAAUUACAUUUAAUUACUGAACAGUGUAAACUGUGGCAUUCACCUGUCUAUGAAUGUCAGUUUAAUGAUCCAUUCUGGGCAUUUUAUUGGCCAGGUGGCCAAGCUAUUUCUAGGUUUAUACUAGAUAACAGCAAGUAUGUGAACAACAAAACAAUUUUGGAUAUUGGUAGUGGUAGUGCCGCAUGCAGUCUUGCAUCAGCUUUAGCGGGUGCCAGUCAAGUUACAGCCAAUGACAUAGAUCCUGUUGCCUGUGUAGCAGCUAAACUAAAUGCUCAAUUAAACAACAUCAAAAUUGAUGUAUUGCCUAAGAACAUUUUGUUCAAUGAUUGUUCGCAAUGGGAAGUCAUCAUUGUUGGAGAUAUGUUUUAUUCAAAAGAUAUUGCUGAUGAACUGUGGAAAUGGCUGGAUGCACUGAGUAACAGUGGGAAGACUAUAUUGAUAGGAGAUCCGGGUAGACAUUGUUUCAAGCCUGAACGUCAUUUACAGGAGCGUUUAAAAAAACUUGAAGAAUACAAAUUAACAGAAAAUUGUUGUUUAGAAAAUCGAGGAUUUUCCACUGCAUCUGUCUGGAUUUUAGUAUAAAAUUAUUAGGUAUAUACCAUGUAUCCCCAAAAACAGGUUACACUUUUUUACAUUAAACUAGACUUAUCGAUCAUAAAUUCUUAUGACUUAAACUUCAUUUUUUUUUAAAUGACAUUCAUUAUUUUAAAUAUAUUUUUCGUAUUGAUCGAUUUUACUCAAGACAUUUUUGAUGAAUCAACUUGUUUUAAACUGAAAAUUGUAUAAAUUGGAGGUAUA